UUAGAACCUUGCCGUUAAUUUCAAUAGACGGCGUUAAAUUUAUUGAGUCGUGGCACGCUGACGAAGCAAAUUUUAAUGACGUAGAUCAAAUUCAUUUGCACGUGGACCUACAGCACCGUCGAGUACUCUCCUUCUCUCCCCCCGCCUUCGUCUUUCUCAUCGAUCUUUCCUCCCCCGACGACCAACUGCUCUCCCUCAAGAAGGACCUCCUCCUCCUCAUCCACCACCACUUCCCCGAUCACGCCCUCGUCGCUCUCCUCACCUUCGAUUCCAUGGGAGACUUGAACCAUCUCGCCUCUUCCCCCUGUUCCUCCCUCCACCUCUUUCACGGCAGCCGCUAUCUCUCCUCCAAUCAGGUAUUUCACUCUACUACACUUAUUAUUCUUACUUCUUCUGAUUCAAUCCCCGCUUUCUUUUACACUCAAUCCACUUCAUUCGAUCAUCAACUGACUUUAUUCAAUUUUCCUUAAUCUCUCCCUCAGAUCCGCCAGUUCCUCAAAAACAGGAUUUUCUGUUGCCAUUUUCCGAAUGUGAAUUCUCCAUCACUUCUCCAAUUGAAGAUGUAAGUAAUCAGAGAAAACGAGGAAGAGAGAACCAGAAAGAAAAGACUGAAAAGAAUUGUAUUAUUGAAAAUUACAGAAAAUACAACAAAGCAAAUGUAUUUAUACAGAAAAAAAAGAAACAACUACUAAAAAUGAAUCGCAGACCAAGCGACUUCCUAGACCGAUCGUCCUAGAGAGGAGACGAUCGGUAGUGAGAAGACAAUUGAAUCUAUCGAGCAGUAAGACCGAUCGUCCAAGAGUAGAUGUCGAGCGGUACGAGCGACAGAGCAGAUGAUGAGCGUACCUAUCGAGCGACAGGCUCGAUGACGAGCGUACCUGUCGAGCGGUACGAGCGACAGGCGUUAAGGACGAGCGGCAACAAUAAGAUCUCAAUCAUCCGAGCGUUAAGGACGAGCGGCAACAAUAAGAUCUCUGUCAGAAGACAUCCAUUCCACAUUCUACUCCACCUCCGCCACUCGCCCUCCAAGGUGCACCGGCACUGCCAUUUCCGUCGCCCUCGGACUUCUAGAGUCUUGCCUUGUCACCACAGGCUCCAGGAUCAUGCUCUUCACCUCCGGACCUACCACUAUCGGACCUGGAAUCGUUGUUGAUUCUGAUCUCCGCCAACCCAUCAGAACCCACCAUCACAUCUUUAACAACCAAGUCAGACACCACGCCAACUCGUGCUCUUUCUAUAACCAACUCUCCAAGAGGCUAUCUGAUGCGUCUGUUAUUCUUGAUCUCUUUGCCUGUUCGCUCGACCAAGUUGGGGCCGCCGAGCUUCGACAACCUGUUGAGCAGUCUGGUGGAUUCAUGAUUCUCUCCGAAUCUUUCGAAUCCGAUCAGUUCAAGAAAUGUCUCGGGCAUAUGUUCAAGUCUCCCUUGUCAAUCCCUCUUCUCAACUAUGUAACGUUACUUACUACUCACCACUCACUCCCAUUCAUUCUUUGCUUCCUGCAAUUCCUUCUUUUCUCUCUCAAAAACCCUAAUUCCCAAUUUCCCCAAUCGCUUCUUCCUUCUCGCCCCGUCGCUAGGGGUUCCGAUUCGCCGGGGAAGAUGAGCACGCAGAAGAAGCGCGCGUUCCAGAUAGAGGCAUUUCGUCAAUUAAGCCAGAUCAAUGCCACGGACCGGACGCCCUAUGGAAGGACAUCCACGUCAUCGGAUCACCAAACAGACCGGCCGCCCAUUGUAACGUAUGAGACCCAGGAAACUGCACUUCUACUUACUGAUGUGAAGGGUUAG